UAGGGGUAGCGGCGGUGGCUGUGGCCUGAGAACUUGGCCGCUUCGAGGGCGCAGAAGCUGUUCGGAGUGGGAACUAGGGCUGGCGAGAGGGUGGGAGAGCUGGCGGGCGAGAAGGGCGGCGCCGGAGGAGGGCGGCGCGUGGCUGACUCAUCCCCCUGGAAAGGCAGACUGACAGCCCCAAGCCCGCGCCGAACCCGCCCGCCCCGCUUCUCUCUGCUGGGAGGCGCCCGCCCGCCCUCUCGGAGCUCUCCCGGCCCGACCGCCUUAGACAAAGUUUUUCUUUUCCGAGGGACCCGAGGCGCAGCGAGUCUUCUGGAAGGGAACGGGGAUCGGAAGAGGAGGCAAGCGUGGUGCGGGCCCGGCAGUGCAUGGUUCCCGGCGCUUCGGCUGCUCAUCUGGAGGACAUCGGGGCGGGGUCGACUGAGCCCGGCUCCCUCUAGCCUUAGCCUCGCCAGCGAUCGCCCUCCCGGACUGCAGCGGGGGUCCCCGCGCCCCAACCCGCCAUGUCCCGGCUGCUGCCGCUGCUGAGAAGCCGGACCAGGGGCAGCCUGAGGCCGGGCCCGGCGGCCGCCGCCGCGCCUCGCCUGCCGUCCUGGUGCUGCUGCGGGCGGGGGCUGCUGGCAUUCGCGGUCCCCGGACGCUCCCCCGUCGGCUCCCGGGGGCUGGGCACCCAUCCCAAGAAGGAACCCAUAGAGGCGCUGAACACGGCGCAGGGCGCGCGCGACUUCAUCUACAGCCUGCACUCCACCGAGAGGAGCUGCCUGCUCAAGGAGCUGCACCGCUUCGAGUCCAUUGCCAUCGCCCAAGCAGGCAGAUAUCCCAAACCCGAGAUUGCCAUUGUGAAGCCCGCGAAGAAGGCGUCAUCAGCAGAGGUCCCGGGUAGUUUUGAAAAAUUGGAAGCUCCACCACCCACCCCAGGACAACUGAGAUAUGUAUUCAUCCACAAUGCGAUACCUUUCAUAGGGUUUGGCUUUUUGGAUAAUGCAAUUAUGAUUGUUGCAGGAACCCAUAUUGAGAUGUCUAUUGGAAUUAUUUUGGGAAUUUCAACUAUGGCAGCUGCUGCUUUGGGGAAUCUUGUGUCAGAUUUAGCUGGACUUGGACUCGCAGGCUACGUCGAAGCUUUGGCUUCCAGGCUGGGCCUGUCGAUCCCUGACCUCACACCAAAGCAAGUCGACAUGUGGCAAACACGAGUUAGUUCGCACCUGGGCAAAGCCGUUGGGGUGACUAUUGGCUGCAUUCUAGGAAUGUUCCCCUUGAUUUUCUUCGGAGUAGGUGAAGAAGAUGAAAAACUGGAAAAGAAAAACUAGCCCUCUUACAGUAUCUAUAAAAAGAUGUAAACUAAUGUACCUCAAUUAUUAAAUCUGCUGUCGCGACAUUUAGGAAUUAAGACAGUAACAGUGUAUAGAUACGGGAUCAAAUAAUUUUAGCAUGUAUCGUGGAAAACACUAACUUAUUGUGGUUUGGUUUUCUUAGGACAUCUUUUUAAAAAAAAACAGUAUCAUUUUGUGUAAAUUGUCAAAAUGCUUUUUCAUCAAUGGCAGUCAGUGUUUUAUUUUUUCUUCUCUUUCUUUGUCUAUCCAAAUAUCAUCUAAGUAUCAGUUGUUGGUGUACUGUACUGAAUUGGGGUGUGCCUGUUUGUUACUUAACGUGUACACGCAUGAAAGCACUUUCCGUUGUGUGCUGUGUAGCUACAGUUCAGCCUUAAGAUUUCUCCAAAUUACUUAAGGUGUUUAAUAUCAGUUGAAGAUUUUUUACUCUCUUUCUGGCAACAUCAAUUUUGUACUGUUUCACAGUAAACAUUCACAGUUAUAUAGUUUGUCAUCAUUUUUUAUUCCCACAUCUAUUCCAGAUGGAUGUAGACUUUAAAUAUUUUAAGUUUUCAUUACUUAUUUUAAUUUUCUAACCUUACUGUCUCAAGUGCCAGAGGUCAGUCAGAGUGAGCAAUUAAUUAUGUGGUCUCCCUACUUACAUAAUACCAUGCAUGUUAAGUGUAUUAUGGUUUUUAACUCCUGAGAGGAAGAAAAAUAUUAUUUUAGGGUCUUUUUAAUGAUGAUUGUGGAAUUAUAGGGAGCUAAGGGGUUUGGCAUGACACUUGGAAAUUGAGACUAAAAAAAUUUUUUUUAGAGAAAUAGAAAAUGGGAACUGUCAAAAAGGUUUAUAAUAUAAAAGGUAAAGUUGAAAGGAUGUUUGUAAGGUUAAUGAGAUAUAAUUUAUAUAGUUUGGGAAGGAUUCCUCCCCCCACUCCAAAGUGUGUUGUUAUCUGAAUUGAGUGAAUCUGAGUCCUUCCUACUCAUAAUUCUGGUGUUGUUGUGUCUUAUUUAGAGAGUUUUAUUUCUGGAUAACUUCUUUUGAGGUGAAACUAAAUAUUAUAUAUACAUAUGUGUGUAUAUAUACAUAUAUAUAUCUUUUUGGUAUAUAUAGUGUAAUUGUCAAAAGUUAGAUGAGUUGAAAUUCUUUUUUUUUGGUCUUUUUUCUUUUGUGGUAUUUAAAUCACAUUCUAGGCUGAAGCUACUUAUUUCAGUCUUGUAUAUCUGACUUAAAUAUAACCAUGUGGGAAUCAUAAAAUUUGAUUUUAUGAACACUUAAAGUUGUUACACAUGCUACAAAAUUACUCUUACUUGUAAGAGUAACUAAACACAUCAUGGAGGAGAAAAACAAAUUAAAAUUAUUACUUGGGCCGCUGAAAUUAUUUAUGUUGAUAAAUAGAUGCAAAAUAAAGGCAAUUUUUAGGGUGGUGGUAUUUACAUCCACCUUACUUUAAAAUUUUAUUUGCAUGUGUUGACUUUGAGCCCUUUUCAGAGGAGCUGAUUUUCCCCACUAGGCAAUUUGUCACCAAUUCUCUUUGGUGCCCUUCAAAAUAAUUUAGUAUUAUCCUUAAGCAUGGGUUUUUGAAGGAAAAAAAUGAAUCCUGUGAUGUGACAAUAAAUAUAUACUAUUCUUAUAUACAGAUACAUGACAGUCUCAUUUGAUCAAAUUAGAAUUAUAGAACUUGGUAUCUUAUUAAACAGGAUGCCAUACACACACCAAAUUUUGUUUUUAUUAUUUCAGAUGAGAGGACUAGAAUGCUUAUUAAAAAUUUUUAUUUAUAUUUCUGUGCUUUUGUCCCUAACUUGACCUUUCUGUUUCCUGAAAAAGCAUUUUAUUGUGGUGCUUACAUUUUUUUCUUAUUAAUUAAAUCCAUAUCCAGAAACCUUGCCUGCGAGUUGAGAAAGGGCUUUGAGUUUUGGUUUUUUUUUUCAUUUUUCAGUUGAAAAUAACCCAGCUCUACAAAAUCUUUCAGUUUAGUGAACAUCUAUAGAGUUACUUAAGGUACCCAAACAUGUAACAUAAAAUCUUCUUAUUGAAAGCUAUUUUAAUUUACGACACAAUAAAAAUUUGCAUCAUUUAGGUAAUUACUUUUCAAAAAAUGGGACCCUUUUGUCUUUAACCUAAGAUGAACAUUUUUUUCAGGAUCUUGCUCUAUAUUAGUAUGGUGCUUUGCACAGAGUGAUUUCUGAAAAAUGGGUCCCUUUAAGAUGAUUAAUUUAUGGAGUCAUUAGUUUAUCUGUCUCAGAGAACCUUAUUUCAGAUUGAAACUGGAAUCCUUGUUCUCACAUCAGCUAUCUACUUACUGGGAGAACUGUAACUGGGGUUAAAUGCAACAUGAGCUACUUUUUAGUACUGUUCACUUAAAAUCCAUGUCGUCAUGUGUUAUGAUUUAUUGACUUCUGGGUGCAUGUAAAUUGGGUGCAUUUUGUUGCCACUGUAUGUUAAAUGGUGACCAAUGUUUUUACAAAAGAGUUGAACAAAAAAGUCUUUUAAGAAAUUUGGAAUGUGGUUUUGAUUUUGAGGUUUGAUUUUCUUCCUAAUCUCUGAGAGUUCUGGUUAUUGUGUCACCGAAAGACAUAGGAUUAGUAGAUGCAGAUUCCUGAGGGAGUGGAAUGGGACGAUUGUCACCUCACUGAAAUCCACACUUGCGGUACAACAUUACAGUUAUGAGAAAAGAAUGAUCCUAUAUGGAGAUAAUUUAUCUUUAAGAGGGUGGCAAAAAAAGCUGUAGAAAGAUUGGCGUAAAUUACACUCAUGGGCAUUUAUAGCAGUCCUAGUCAAGCCUUCUACAUAAUAAUGCCUCACUUACUUUGCUCCUUUUCUCUAGAAGGUGAGCUCUGAAGGUAAUGGAAACUUAUCUUUACGACAAAAGUUUGCCCAAACCAUUUCAAAGUAAAUCUUUCUAAUUUUAGAAUUAUAUUUUCUUGCUGUCUUAAGAGUGUAUUAAAUAUAAUGUAACCUUU